CAUUGUAAGUCUGUAAGUGGAGAAGUAAGCGUGAACCCUGUCCUCCCUAGACUCAGUUGACUGAAAAUGUGAACAUCCGGACGUGAACAAGGAAAAGAGGCGUUGACCUCGAGCUCUGCUCCCGCUGACACUCCUUCCUCUUCUUCUCCUCCUCCGCCUCGAAGGUUCGAAGCCCACAGAGGAGAGACAGCAGCAGCGACGCUGCCCAUGGCCAGCACCAAUGUAUCCAGCUCCGGCCUCUUUCGACGGAUUCCGGCCUCCGAAAGGACCGCUCCCUCGCCCGCCAUGGCGCUCCGCGCGGACAUCGACCCUCCGCCGCGGCCGCAGCGGGCGAUGCAGACCGUCGCCUUAGUCGUCAUCGUCCUCCUGGCCUGCCUCCAGUUCCUCCCCGCCACCCACUUCCGCGACCCGGCCGACCCUCUCCGCAACUGGAUCCCCUUGGACCCCAAUCGCUCCCAACCGAUCUCAAUUAGACCAAUGGUUGAUGAGAAGGAAGAUCACAGUGCCGGUGUUGCAGAGCAAGACAAGGAAGCUAGCAGAUUGCAGUUAUUCUCUUGGACGGAUUGCCUCGAUCUCCGAGUCCUCGCUGUGCUUGCAAACUCCACUCUUUCUAGCUCAAGAUAUCCAGACAACAUCUUUUUCCAUUUCUUUGUGCCUGAAAAUGAAGACGAGAAGUUAUCAUACUAUAAGCUGAAAGUUCUUUUGCCUUAUUCCAACCUCGAAAUCACUGGGGUGAAAAAAAUAAAGGAGAAAUUGAAAUCUCACACAUCAAAGGUUGAACUCCUUCAGCCUAUGUUUCGAGAAAUACUACCUCUUGUCAUCCCAAGCACAAACAAAUUUCUCUAUGUUUCACCUAAUAUUAUUAUUAAGGGAAAGGUUGAAGAACUGUUUGGUAUGGACCUGGGGGCCUAUGCAAUUGCCGCUGCUGAAGAUUGUAGCAAAAGGUUGGGUGACAUUGUGGACAUGCAUGACUUAAAGACAAUCCAAAGAACUGCAGAGAAAAGUUGGGUUUAUGAAAAACCUUACGACAAAGAUGCUUGUUUACCAGACUUCAAUUUUCUUUUACUUGAUCCAAGAAGGCUCGAAAAAAAUCUAAUUGAUGCCAUUUCAUGGUGGAGCAAUGUUCUCGAUGUCAAAACGCAAAGGGCAAACCCCAUUCAUCCUGCAGUUGUACUGUCGAUAUAUGGAAAAUAUCUCAAACUUCCUACUUCCUGGAAGCUCAAUUAUUCAUCGUCAACCGAGACAGAGACUGAGAACAAUGUUCUUCCUUUCGAUGGUCCAAUGAAGGUCUGUUCUGAAAACAUUGUUCAGCAACAAAGAUCAAACCAUGGCAAUCUUUGGAAUGAAUAUAUCACUCCAAACUUUGAUGCUGUGUUGAGCCAUAGUAACUGAAAACAGUUCACACCUUGGGAUAUAGUUCAACUGCAUGCACUUCAGGAAAAAAAGACUGCAAUUCAUUUUGUUGGGUUGUUUUCAGAUAUAUGUAACUUGCAAACUUUGUAACAAAUUAACACUACCAAAUUCUAAUGUUCUAUAGCAAACUUGUAUUUUUUUUUUCCAAUCCUAAAUCAACAGUAUUCUUUCUUAAGUUUUGAAAAAUUUGAAGUUGGUGCCAA